CAGUAAAUAAACAAAUAUCAUGCAAAGACCCCAAAAAACGAACAAUUCAAAUUCAAACAUUGAGUGCGCGUUAGUUUACUAAUGGAGUGGUGAGUUGGCGGGUGGUGAGUUCAAUGGAAUGGGGAGUUGGUAAAGGCGCCAAUAAAGUUGAACAGCAAAAGCGAAACAAAAACGUGCCAAGGAAUAAGAACUUGGCCAAAAAAAUCCGCUGCACACGUUGUAACCCAAAGUUUGGACUGCUCGUAUAUUUUAGAAGCUGCAAAUAGAUCAACGAUGGCCAGCAAGCGGCUGAUGCUUGAAGUGGAGGAGGAGGAGGAAGGGGAUGAAGGGGCAUGUGGAAAUGAUGCCCAAAAUGCGAAUGUGGAGAAAAGCCAGGCCAAGAGACGCAAAUCCUUGCAUGCGCAUCCCCUGCAAAGGAUGCUCAAGCAGCAUCUUCCCGCCAGCGCCGCCAUUCUGUCGCCCAUCACCGAAUUGGCCCAGAAUAUGCGUGGUGCGCGGCUGGAUGGUACACCCAAGUCCACCCAGCGAGGUCAAUCCUCCGCCAGGCCCCUCAGCACCUUCAACAGCCUGUCCUCGCGAACCCUCAGCAGCUUCAGCAGCUCCUGCUCAAGCUACGAUUCGGGCAACUCCCUGGAUGACGAGUACAUGGCCAUGUUUGAGCUGGAAUCCACAGAGGAUCACAAUCUAGAGCUACCCGAUGACCUGGAAAAGCUUCUCAGUGGGCAGCUAAAAUCAGAAGGCAAUCCGGAGAAGGAAACCACUACGCAGAAACGCACACUUCGUCGAUGUAUGAGCUUGUUUCCCACCGAUCAGCCAGAGGAUGUUGAACCAGCUGGUCAGGAGACCAACCCAUCCAUCAAGAAGCUGCAAAAGAGGACCCUCUCCAUGAACGAUGCCGAAAUCAUGAGCGCCCUGGGUGAGGAGCCGCAGCUAAUAGGGGAUCUCAGCAAGCCUUGUGCUUUGCCCUGCUUAAUAACGGGCGUAAGACAUCGUGACCUGAAGACCAUCUCCAGUGACACACUGGCACGUCUGAUUCAAGGGGAGUUCGACCUAGGCAGCCAGGGUGGCUAUCAAAUCAUCGACUGCAGAUAUCCCUACGAAUUCCUGGGCGGUCAUAUAAAAGGAGCCAGGAAUCUGUACACACGUGGGCAGAUACAGGAAUUCUUUCCCAGUUUGAAAUCCAACCAGGAGGAUCGACGCAUCUAUGUGUUCCACUGUGAAUUCUCCUCGGAGAGAGGGCCCAAGCUAUUGCGCUUCCUGCGGAGCAACGAUAGGAGCCAGCAUGCCCACAACUAUCCGACACUGGACUAUCCAGAGCUCUACAUCCUGCACAAUGGCUACAAGGAGUUCUUUGGCCUCUAUGCUCAGUUGUGUGAGCCCAGCCAAUAUGUGCCCAUGCUGGCGCCCGCCCACAAUGAUGAGUUCCGAUACUUUCGCGCCAAGACCAAGUCUUGGCAGUGUGGCGAAGGUGGAGACAGUGGAAUCGGCGGUGGAGGCUCUCGAGACCUCCGGAAGUCACGAUCCCGCCUUCUCUACGCUGAGUAAGUUGGUUAGACCUGUUCCCACAUCUAUGGAGUUUCAUCUAGACAGUGCAGAAUACUGCCAGGCACAGCACAAAUAAAAA